AUGUCGUUAGUUAAGAGAUACCGGUUCGGUCGCGAGGCAAUUUUCUUCCUAGUCAAUCUACUCACCAAUCAAAUCGCACCAACAACGGAACGCAACAAGGCAAUCCACCCCACACUACAAGUUUUGAUAAGCCUUAAUUUCUUCGCAACCGGAUCGGUCUUGGAAAGUGAUGCAAAUAUCCAUGGCAUUCACCGCAGCACCGUGUCUAGGAUAAUCCACAGGGUCUCUCAAGCCUUGUGUGGUCACAAGAGCCAGUUGAUCAAGUUACCGAGGACUGAUACCGAAACAGCCGCCGAAUUUCAGGAUUUCUAUAGAAUCGCAGGAUUCCCGAGAGUGGUAGGGGCUGUUGAUGGCACGCACGUGUGCCUACAUGGCUGCCCAUUAGGCCUCAACGAAUACGUUUACACCAACAGGAAGGGCAGGUCUUCCAUCAAUGUCCAAUUGGCUUGCAACGCAAAAUUCCAGAUAAUAAAUGUCGUUGCGAGAUGGCCGGGGAGUACCCACGACUCCAGAAUUCUUCAGAAUAGCAGACUGUACCGCAAGUACAAUAAUGGAGAACUGAAAGGGACCAUCCUCGGUGACUCUGGUUAUCCCUUGAUGACAUGUUUAAUGACCCCCAUCCUUAAUCCACAGACACCAGAGGAACAAGCCUACAACAAUGCACAAUGCAAGACGAGAUCGAUCAUCGAACAAGUGAAUGGACAACUGAAAAAUAAAUUUAGAUGUCUGCUCGGCCAUGGCCUACAAAUUCGACCAAAUAGGGCCUGCAGCAUCACCCUUAUAAAAAAAAUUGAAUGUAAAAGAUUCAGACAGCCAGCAGCAGACGAUAAUGAAGAUUACCACAUGAUCGAUGACAACAUGGAAGGAGAAAACAACAGGGAAAGGGGAGAUGCAGCAGCCAUCGCUGUCCGAGCCCAAAUCGUACAGUCUUUUGUUGUGUAG